CGUCAUUACAGAGGUCUGGAAACGUGUAUGUACUUGGAAGCACGGGAAGGUCCCUAUCGUCAGAUGUCUAGAAUAAUAUCCAUUAUAUUGGGCCACAAAGCGUGGCUGGCCUAGUCUUUUGACGCCCCGAGCCACGAAUUUUACCUUCAUUCCUACUUCUAUUGGUUAUUCGACUGGCAACGCCCGCAAUGGCAGCAUCGAUUCCUGGUAGACCAAAGCGCACUGGAGAAGACUUUGCUCGCAUACACCAUAAUGACACAGAUUCCGAUACGAACGGGCCUACUUCAUCCAAAAGAGUUCGAUUUGAUGUCCGAAAUCCAUCCGCUUUAGCUCCAGACGCCUUGGAGGAGGACGCGGUGCUGGACGCUGACGAAAUUGGUCAUCGAGGACGGCGAGUGCGGCGAAACGCAGUCAACAUCGAGGGCUACGAUUCUGACAGCGAAAAUGAGGGGUUUGAUGCGCGCAUAGAAGCUAAAGCUAGAGCUAAUGUGAAAAAUUCCCCCAGAGACACAGAUGAUAUGUUCGCAGAGUUGGAAGACGAUUUUGCCGCUGAUGACGCAGACGACGCUACACCUCCGGGUAAAAAGAAGCAAGUUCGGUUUCUACAGGAUGAUGAGAUUGAGGGACAGGUUUAUGAUUCUCGUGCUGGAGGCACGGUUACUCUGGAUCUACAUGGCGGCGGUAAAGGGAAACAAGUGGCGCGAGCCGAGGAAGAAGAUAGUGAGAGCGAUGUCGACGAACGAGAGAGAGCGAGGGUCGGUCCAGAUGUGGACAAAGAACUUGGAGCUGGGGGAAAGAAGACGCACGUUCCGCUAUUAGAUGCUUUCAAUAUGCGCGCGGAGCAGGAGGAAGGGCGCUUUGACGAGGCCGGAAACUUUGUUCGCAAAGCCACAGAUCCAGACGCGAUUCACGAUUCUUGGCUGGAAGGGGUUUCGAGAAAAGACAUGCGAAAAGCUAGGGAGGCUGCGGAGAAGAGGGAAGAGGAACGACGAAAGAUUCAGCUUCAGCAGGACAGCAUCCGCACAGCGGAUAUCUUGGACACCUUAAUCAAAAAUAUGGAGCGGGGAGAGACUAUCCUAGAGUCACUCGCAAGACUGGGGAAAAGUGUCAAAAACAAGCCGAAGUGGCGGAAUAAAAAUAAAAACCGACAGCGGAGUAACAAGAACGGCACGGAAGAUGAGGAAAUGGGCGAAGACAACCAAGAUGAAACAGCCCGCAAGCGUGUGAUCGAAGAUAUUACUGGAGCUGCAGACAUCCUGCUCAGUCGUGGUCAGUCUGAAAUAUACGAUGCGGAACGUGAGCUAUUGUUGCGGCAAUACAAGCGAGAAACAGGGGUGGAUUGGGGAGACCAGACGCUCGCAAAAGGCGCUAUUUCGGAAUCAAAAAUAGUGACGGAUGCUCCGCCAUUGUGGGAAUAUCGCUGGUCCGAUUCCCGCGAUGGAGGCGAGGCUCAUGGUCCAUAUGAUGGGGCAAUGAUGGAAUCAUGGUAUGCGGCAGGAUACUUUGGUGAAGGUGUUGAAUUUCGGAAAGUUGACACGGCUGGAGAAUGGAGCUCUGUCGCAAGUUUCACAUGAUAGCCUGGCUUAUAUCAAUUCCAUUUCAAAAUUGUACUAUUAUAUUAACGAUUUGACAAGAUAAGCCUUGUGUGUAUAGUAAUCGGAGUUGAAUUUACCCAGCAUGACUUAGCAUCCACAACUGAAUGAUUUUAUCCCGCCUUUCGGAAGUAGGUUGCACUGCGCCACCUUACUAUACAAAGGAGUUUUUUGCUUCUCGCAGCCCGCAAUCCCAAAGUCAACCAUAAAUCGCAAUGAGAACAAAUCGUUAUAAGAGUCUAGUCCUUAAGAAAUUUCCAUGGCAUCACCAUUGGGAUAGGAGAAGGUAACAUUGCCUUCUUCACCAAUAAGCCGCUUCUCAAACUCAUUCACAAACUUGACACUUCGAAGUGGGUCAAGGAAAAGAUGAAAACUUCGCUGUACAUCUUCCAGACCGACCUCUUUGGAUUUGCGCUUCUGACUUAGUAAGGUAGACGUGGCGAUGAUGUUGCUGGCAUAUCUCAAGCCAGAUUCCUGGCCAAUUUUCGUCAACAGGGCAAGUGCAUCAGGGGUCAGAUCAAUCUCUUCCUCUUGGGCACGGAUAGCUAAUAUUUGCUGGAUAUCCUCCUUGGUGUAUGGUUGAGUGCUAACGAUGACGACCCUGUCGAGGAAGUCCAGAGGUAACCCAUGAGGGGACCUAUACGAGGUGCCGCGUAUUCUUGUAUUUCCACGAUUGCUCGCCAUGAUCACAAUGGGUGCCAACUCGGCUUCUAGCGCUCGGUUGAUGUAGGAAAAACACUCAAUAUCAAGCAUGUGGACUUCGUCGAUGAACAACACGCCGGGUAUGAUUUCCGCCUUGCCUUCUUCUUUCCAUUCUCCAACUUUUGUAUUGAUUUGAUCUCUCACUUCACUACGAAUUUCGCCAGUGUCUCCUGAAAACAGUGCUAAAAAGCCUUGCGUUCUUGAAUUUAUGACGUCAAUCUCAUGGAGACUGACUGUGUGCACUAUUUCCUUUCGGACUUGCAACUCUCCGUCCGGGCAUUGGACAAACUUUGUAUCCGCUCCCAUCGCAUCGUAGUCUCGAGAGCGGGCGUAUGAGCGCCCAAGUUUGGUUAUCUUGCCAGAAGCUUUAUCAAUUGAAAUCACAUCCC